CAGAUACCGCUUUAUGGCGCAUGGGCGGCGCGGAGCGGCGAGGAGACGGUAGGGAAACCGUAUCUGAUGGGGAAACGCGACUCGACGGAACACCGGAACCUAAACCUCUUUUUAAAGCGCAGUAGAAGAAGUGGUAUCCGGGGGUGUCUUGUCCGCUGUCAGUCCGGAAUGCUCACCCUGCUGCAGCACUGUGGCCGCAACUUAGUGACAGUAAGGACCCUCCAGACCGUGAACAGGACCUAUUAUUCCACGCAGAUGGGUAAACGCGUGGCGGUGGUGUUGGCGGGCUGCGGGGUCUAUGACGGCAGUGAGAUCCACGAGGCCUCUGCUGUUUUGGUCCAUCUGAGCAGAGGGGGUGCAACUGUGAACAUGUUUGCACCCAACAUUGAGCAGAUGCAUGUGAUAGAUCACCUGAAAGGCGCACCGUCUCAGGAGAAAAGAAAUGUGCUGGUGGAGAGCGCGAGGCUGGCCCGUGGAAACAUCCAGGAUCUGUCUAAACUCAGUGUGAAAGACCACGAUGCCGUUAUUUUCCCAGGCGGUUUCGGUGCUGCAAAGAAUCUGUGUACAUGGGCAGUGCAGGGCAAAGACUGCUCUGUUAAUGACGAGAUCAAGGCUGCUCUGCAGGCGUUCCACAGCGAAGGCAAACCCAUCGGGCUCUGCUGCAUCUCACCUGUGCUGGCUGCUAAAGUGUUACCUGGGUGUGAGGUCACCGUCGGCAUCGAAAAGGAUGACAAAUAUCCGGACACCACUGACACUGCAGCGGCCAUCAACCAGCUGGGUUGCAAACACGUGAGCAAGAGCGUCGGCGAGAGCCACGUGGAUGAGAAGAACAAGCUGGUCACCACCUGUGCCUUCAUGUGCAACGCUCCCAUCCACGAGAUAUUUGACGGAAUCGGAUCGAUGGUGCAGGGCGUCCUGAAACUUGCCUGAGUGUAAUCAGUAGAAGGCCGAAACAAAGAAAAGACUGGGGUGUCGUUUAAGCGAGCUGCAUGGUAGAUAUCUGCUGAGCUGAGGACAUGAUUGCAGAAUUUUGUUGAAGUCAUUAAAUGCACUUAAAGAUAGUCUUGAAAUGUAAGAUAAAUAGAACCAAACUCCUGGUGAUCUGACUUUUCAGGUUUGCUUGUCAGUUUUGCUGCUGCUGUAGUGGCUCCGGCUCAUAUCUGUCAGAUUUUAGAGAACCAGCUGCAGGUGAGGAUAUUGUUCUCAAAAAUAAAUGAAUGAAAUGGAA